CCUUUCAGUUCUCUCUCCACUUGUGGAAGUAGCGAAUGGAUGUGACAAAACUGUGUCUCAGUGCCUCAGCCUAGAAAUCCAGAAGCGUUUUUUUUCCCUUUUUUUCCCCCCCUUAGACUAUAGUCGUCUUGUUCUCCAAACCCUCCCAGCUGGACAGAGAUGAGCAGUCCCGAUGCGGGUUACGCCAGCGACGAUCAGACCCAGGCAAGGUGUGCGAUGUCAGUCAUGAUGCCUGGAAUGGGACACUGCCAGUGGGCCGACCCCCUCAGUCCUCUCGGGGACAGCAAAGUGAAGAGCGAGCCGUGCGCGUCCGGCUCCGGCCCCGGCCCCGGCGGCCAGAGCCGCGGCAAGAGCGAGCCGCGGAUCCGCCGGCCCAUGAACGCCUUCAUGGUCUGGGCCAAGGAUGAGCGCAAGAGGCUGGCGCAGCAGAACCCCGACCUGCACAACGCAGAGCUCAGCAAAAUGCUGGGGAAAUCAUGGAAAGCCCUUCCUGUCACGGAGAAGCAGCCGUUUGUGGAGGAGGCCGAGCGGCUGCGGGUUCAGCACAUGCAGGAUCACCCCAACUACAAGUACCGGCCCCGGCGGCGGAAGCAGGUGAAGAGGAUUAAGAGGCUGGACUCUGGCUUUCUGGUCCACGGAGUGUCCGAUCACCAGAGCCAGGGGAUGCCCGGGGACGGCAGGGUGUGCGUGGAGAGCCUCGGCCUCGGCUACCACGAGCACAGCUUCCAGGUUCCUCCGCAGCCGCUCGGUCACUACCGGGAUGCUCAAGGUCUUGGAGGCCCCUCUUAUGAGUCAUACAGCCUUCCCACGCCUGACACAUCUCCCCUGGACGCUGUAGAGUCAGACUCUAUGUUCUUUCCGCCUCAUUCACAAGAGGACUGUCACAUGAUGCCUGCAUACCCUUACCACUCCCAGGUGACAGAUUUUCAGACCCAAGAAUCCCUCUCCAACCACCACGGCAACCCCAUCCUGCACCGGCACCCAGGCUCAGUUGCAGAGCAACCCUCCCAGCCGGCCCAUAUUCCUCCCUCCUACAUGGGAUGCAACCCUUUGGCUAUGUACUACACCCAGCACUGCGGCCCCAGCCACCCCAAACGGCACCCCGGCGGGGCAGGACAGCUCUCCCCGCCUCCUGAUUCCCACUCUCACCCGGCAGACAUGGAGCAGAUGCAGCACUCCGAGCUGCUGGCCGAGGUCGACCGCAGCGAGUUCGAGCAGUAUCUGAGCUCUUCGGCGGCACGUGCGGACAUGACAGGCUUGCCAUACGGGCCGCAUGAGACUGGCAUGCAAGGACCCGAGAGCCUCAUAUCAUCAGUGCUGUCAGACGCCAGCACAGCUGUGUAUUACUGUAGCUACAACAACUCCUAACCUCCUGCCUGGCCCUGCUGCAAGGACACAUGAUCUGACCUCAAAUCUCUGUAGCUAAAUCUGAACAAAAAGGCUUUUAUUUUUGUUUGUCGCUACUGACACGGGGGGAGCUCCUGAGAUUUUGAAUGCAGCUUUGAAGAAGACUUUGCUCUGUAUCUGUGUAAUAACAGUUAUGAAAUAUUUUAAUCUGAACACUGGUUUUUAACAUUUUUCUUAUUCUCUUGCAGGGAUGUGACUUAAUUUUGUGACGAUAAAUAUUGUACAGUUACUAUUUUAAAAGUUAAUGUAUAUACGGACUGUGUUUUUCUUUUUUAUACUUUUGCACUUUUGAUAAA